CACACCGGGUUGAGGCCAUAUGCCUGCACGUACUGCGACCGGACCUUUACGCAAUCGAACGAUUUGACGCUGCAUGUGCGUCGUCACACCGGCGAGAAACCGUACGUGUGUGGCACCUGUGGAGAACGGUUCAUCCAGGGCACCUCGCUGAAGGCUCACCAGCGCUCGCGAGGACACUUCGAGGAAGGCUACUACGAGCGGCCGGCCUACGAGCAGGGCCCCAUGCAUGUCGACAGUUACAUUCCAACUGUGACCGAAAGCGGUGGUAACAAGUAGAUGUAGGAUGGUUAAUGAUAGUUAUUCACGGAUGUUGGACAUCACGCAACGUGUAUGUACGUAGUUUAUAGUAACAGUUGCGCAAAGUGGAUCUCAAUUGUUAGAUUUGAUAUAGUAUUUAAAAUAUUCCUCGUAUUUGUAAAAUAUUACGCAACAAAAAAAAUCGGAAACGUAUGUAAGAAUUUUACAUAAAGUACUGUUAAUUGUAAGACGUAUUGUAUAAGCCAAAAUUAAUGGUUCAUUGUGUGUGAAGUAUUUUAUGAUAACAAAAAAUUGAUAUAAAUAACAGCAAUAUUGAUUGUGGUCGAUUAUUCAUGUAAUUGUAUUUAACUCUAAUUUGGCCAACACAAACAAUUGAUUCAGAUUGGAAAUCAUAAUGCAUUAUAUCUUAAAAACGAGUAAUUACCUAGCCCUAAUCACAUUUUCAAAAGAGUCUGGUAAAUUUCAGUUAAGAACUGAAAACAUAAAUAAAUAGCAUUUAAGUGUAAUUUUGUUUGCUUGAGAAAAAAAAUACUAUCUUGCUAUAUUUUCUACUCUAUCCUAUCCUGAAGUUUAUUUCUUCUGCUGAUUGCCAUAUGGAAUUCGAGUAGGAACAUAUUGAAAUAAAAAAAUAAAUUGUAA